UUCCUUAAAGAUCACUUCAGUUUGAAGACGAAUACAGAGAGCCGAGACUGUGUGUGAAUCAGCAGACCUUUGAAAACCUCCUGCUGUGAGUUACACGUCUGUUCUUUCUCUGGUUGGUCUCCUGGUUGAAGCUGCUGAUUAACUUCACCUUCACUCAUCGGCUUCAUGCUGAUUAUUUUCACCAUCAGAAGGUGUGGACUCUGCUAUGGAUCAGUGUGAGGACAGAGAGGAGGGAGUCCCCCCCUCUAAAACCAGUCUGUGUGGGGAACAUGGCACAAGGACCAGAGCUCAGAGCCCAGAGCAGCACAGACCAGACUCUCCUGGACCUGAACCGGGACCUGGACAGGAACCUAGACCUGAACCCUGUGUGUCCAUCAUAAAACAGUUGAUGUUUGAACCUCCUGAGGUCAAAGAUGGACAGCAGUCUGCUGAUCAAAGGAUCCAUGAGCAGAGACCAGACUCUCCUGAACCUGAAGCUGGAUCUGAACCUGGACCUGGACCCUGCCAUAAGUCUGUCAAGGAUCUCCGGUUGUUGUUUGAACGUCCUGAGUUCAAAGAUGGACAGCAGUCUGCUGAUCAAAGGAUCCAUCAGCAGAGACCAGACUCUCCUGAACCCAGCCUUGUGUCCAUGAAGAGUGACAGGUCUAAGGGUUUCCAUAUUGACUUGAAAGCUGGAUAUAAUUGUGCUGAACAAAAGAUCCAUCAGCAGAGACCAGACUCUCCUGAACCCAGUUGUGUGUCCAUGAAGAGUGAAGGGUCUAUGGAUUUCCAUAUUGACUUAACAGCUGGACAUAACCGAACUGAACAAAAAUUACAGCAACAGAGCUCAAAGGUCCCCAGUGGUCAGUCUGCCCAGCAGCAUCAAACACACCUGGACUCCAUAUUUAUGCUGCUGGAGGAGAACAUUGUCAGUUUUGUGAAGAACGAGCUGAAGAAGUUCCACAGAGUUCUCAGUCCAGAUUACCCAGAAUGCUUAGAGAGUCAGAGGGAGGAUGAGGAGGUGUUGGAUGGUGAGGAUGAAGAGCAGAGGAGGAGCAGCAGAGAGGCAUUUCUGAAGAUCACUCUGCACUUCCUGAGGAGAAUGAAGCAGGAGGAGCUGGCUGACUGUCUGCAGAGCAGAACUGUUGCUGCAGUGUGCCGACAUAAACUCAAGUCUAACCUGAAGAAGAAGUUCAAGUGUGUGUUUGAGGGGAUCGCUAAAGCAGGAAACCCAACCCUUCUGAACCAGAUCUACACAGAGCUCUACAUCACAGAGGGAGGGACUGCAGAGGUCAAUGAUGAACAUGAAGUCAGACAGAUUGAAACAGCAUCCAGCAAACCAGACAGACCAGAAACAACAAUCAGACAAGAAGACAUCUUUAAACCCUCACCUGGAAGAGAUGAACCAAUCAGAACAGUGAUGACAAAUGGAGUGGCUGGCAUUGGGAAAACAGUCUUAACACAGAAGUUCACUCUGGACUGGGCUGAAGACAAAGCCAACCAGGACAUACAGUUCACAUUUCCAUUCACUUUCAGAGAGCUGAAUGUGCUGAAAGAGAAAAAGUUCAGCUUGGUGAAACUUGUUCAUCUCUUCUUUACUGAAACCAAAGAAGCAGGAAUCUGCAGGUUUGAAGAGUUCCAGGUUGUGUUCAUCUUUGACGGUCUGGAUGAGUGUCGACUCCCUCUGGACUUCCGCAACAAUGAGGUCCUGACUGAUGUUACAGAGUCCACCUCAGUGGAUGUGCUGCUGACAAACCUCAUCAGGGGGAACCUGCUUCCCUCUGCUCGCCUCUGGAUAACCACACGACCUGCAGCAGCCAAUCAGAUCCCUCCUGGGUGUGUUGACAUGGUGACGGAGGUCAGAGGGUUCACUGACCCACAGAAGGAGGAGUACUUCAGGAAGAGAUUCAGAAAUGAGGAGCAGGCCAGCAGAAUCAUCUCCCACAUCAAGACAUCACGAAGCCUCCACAUCAUGUGCCACAUCCCAGUCUUCUGCUGGAUCACUGCUACAGUUCUGGAGGAGGUGUUGAAGACCAGAGAGGGAGGAGAGCUGCCCAAGACCCUGACUGAGAUGUACAUCCACUUCCUGGUGGUUCAGUCCAAACUGAUGAACGUCAAGUUUGAUGGAAGAGCUGAGACAGAUCCACUCUGGAAUAGAAAGAGCAGGAAGAUGAUUGAGUCUCUAGGAAAACUGGCUUUUAAACAGCUGCAGAAAGGAAACCUGAUCUUCUAUGAAUCAGACCUGACAGAGUGUGGCAUCGAUAUCAGAGCAGCCUCAGUGUACUCAGGAGUGUUCACACAGAUCUUUAAAGAGGAGAGAGGGCUGUACCAGGACAAGGUGUUCUGCUUCGUCCAUCUGAGCGUUCAGGAGUUUCUGGCUGCUCUUCAUGUCCAUCUGACAUUCAUCAACUCUGGUGUCAAUCUGCUGUCAGAACAACAAUCAACCUCCCAGCUGUCUAAAGUCUUCAGAGACAAACCUAAACUUAAAGAUCUCUACCAGAGUGCUGUGGACAAGGCCUUACAGAGUCCAAAUGGACACUUGGACUUGUUCCUCCGCUUCCUCCUGGGUCUUUCACUGCAGACCAAUCAGAUCCUCCUACGGGGUCUGCUGACACAGACAGGAAGUAGCUCACAGACCAACCAGAAAACUGUUAUGUACAUCAAGGACAAGAUCAGUGAGAAUUUGCCUGCAGAGGAAAGCAUCAAUCUGUUCCACUGUCUGAAUGAACUGAAUGAUCAUUCUCUAGUGAAGGGUAUCCAACACUAUCUGAGUUCAGGAAGUCUCUCCACAGCAAAACUCUCUCCUGCUCAGUGGUCAGCUCUGGUCUUCAUCUUACUGUCAUCAGAAAAAGAUCUGGACGUGUUUGACCUGAAGAAAUACUCUGCUUCUGAGGAGGCUCUUCUGAGGCUGCUGCCAGUGGUCAAAGCCUCCAACAAAGCUCUGUUGAGUGACUGUAACCUCUCAGAGAGAAGCUGUGAAGCUCUGUCCUCAGUUCUCAGCUCCCAGUCCUCUAGUCUGAGAGAACUGGACCUGAGUUACAACAACCUGCAGGAUUCAGGAGUGAUGCUGCUGUCUGCUGGACUGGGCAGUCCACACUGUACAGUGGAAACUCUCAGUCUGUCAGGUUGUCUGAUCACAGAGGAAGGCUGUGCUUUUCUGGCCUCAGCGCUGAGCUCCAACCCCUCCCAUCUGAGAGAGCUGGACCUGAGCUACAAUCAUCCAGGAGACUCAGGGGUGAAGCUGCUGUCUGCUGGACUGGAGGAUCCACACUGGAGACUGGACACUCUCAGGCUGGACCAUGGUGGAGAGCAGAGGCUGAAACCUGGUGUGAGGAAGUAUUCCUGUGAACUCACACUGGACACAAACUCAGCAAACAGAAAGCUCAAACUGUCUGAUAACAACAGGAAGGUGACAGUGGUGACAGAGGAGCUGCCAUAUCCUGAUCAUCCAGAGAGAUUUGACUACUGGGAACAGCUGCUGUGCAGAAAUGUUCUGACUGGUCGUUGUUACUGGGAGGUCGAGUGGAGAGGAGAGGUUUAUAUAUCAGUGAGUUACAGAGGAAUCAGAAGGAGAGGAAACAGUGCUGACUGCAGGUUUGGAUGGAAUAAUCAGUCCUGGAGUCUGAAGUGCUCAGACUAUGGUUACUCUGUCUGUCACAAUAACAGAGUAACAUCCAUCUCCUCCUCCAUCUCUAACAGAGCAGCAGUGUAUGUGAACUGUCCUGCUGGCGCUCUGUCCUUCUACAGAGUCUCCUCUGACACACUGAUCCACCUCCACACCUUCAAGACCACAUUCACUGAACCCCUUUAUCCUGGCUUUGGGUUCUGGUCACCAGGUUCCUCAGUGUCUCUGUAGGAGGGAGACAACUUCCAGUCCUGUGGUUCAAAUGUUGGUGGUGGACGAGGCUUCACUGUGGUUAACAUUUGGCUCACUGAUUCUGCCUUUAAUGCCAGAAAAGUUUUCUUUUUAGAAAUGGUGAAAUGAUCUCCGGGCUGAACUUGUGUCCAAACUGUUGACUUUGAUUUUCACUUUAAUAAAGUUUUCUUGGAGCAGCAUCUAGUAGCUGCUAAUGGC